AAUGCAAGCAAAACGUGGGCACGUGGAUCCGCGCACAUGUUGACGCUCGUAAACUGCCGAGAGAAAGAGCUAGCAAAGACACAAACCGAUGAACCACCGGGCGGUGUGUGUGUGUGAGAGAGAGAGCUGAGGCUGGCCGCCCCGAUGCUGUUCCAGCUACGGACCAUAUAUUGAAGAAGCUAUAAUAUCAAAGCAGGAGAUAGAUCCAACAUCUGAUUCUGGCAGCUUUUACAUCACUUAACUGAAGAAAUGCAGUCCCAAGGAAGCACUUCCUCCCAGCCCUCCUUUGAUUCCCUGAGCUCCAGCGACAGCCUCUUGUUCAGCGACUCGGAGCAAGCAGAGGAUGACACGGAUGUCUUCCUGACGGACGGCUCCUCCUCUGUCAUCAUAAGCAGCGUGCGCGGGUCGGCGUCUGCUGGAGACGGAGGGUCGGAGAGUCCUGGGUCCCAGUGGACGUGUGAUGGUUUCACUGAUAAAGAGGAAGAAGAGGAGUCGUACAGGUUGGAGAGUGGCAGUGGAAGCAAGUCAGCUCGCAUCAGCUUGGAGGCGACGAAUCAUUCAAGCCCCAUCCAAAAAUCAGAGGGAGACCUGCUGUUUGCUCAAAAGUGUGCUGAGCUACAAGGUUUCGUCAGGCCCUUGCUGGAGCUGCUGAAUGGACUGAAGAGGGGCCGCUUCGACCAUGGUUUGAGUAGUUUCCAGCAGAGCGUUGCCAUGGAUCGAAUCCAGAGGAUCGUGGGGGUCUUACAGAGACCAAACAGCGGGGAGAAGUACCUGAACACUUUGCUCCAGGUGGAGAUGAUGUUGAAGCUCUGGUUUCCUCAGAUCACCCCUCAGCCUGUGUCUGUAGCCUCCAGCGUGGCCACUUCCCCUGCUCGCUCCCUCCAAGAAACCUCUAUCCCGCCACACAAGCACAGGGAUCAGUCUCAUAUUCCUGUUAAGAAGCGCAGACUCAGCUGGACAGGCACCGACUCCACCACACCUUCUCCAGUGCUUCUCAAGUGCCCUCGCAUCAGUGCGGAAGAGAAGAAGGUGAAGCUCAGUCAUGAUGAAAGGGACGUCCCUCCUCCUGUUCCAUCUCUGGCCUCUGAUGUAGACCGCAAUUCACCAGAUGUGGCCGGUAACAGCCAGCUACACGAGGACACAAAGGGAAAGGACAGUGGCAGUGAGGAACCAGGCAAGAUGUCAAAAUACAAAGCAGGUCAGAGCUCUGAGCCCAGUCUGACAUGGGUUCAUGUCGCCCCUAUCCUGUCCCCACGAAAGGCUUGUCCCUCACAUGAAGGCACAACAGGAGGUAACAACGAAAACCAGCCUGUCACUGCCAUCCCUUUGUCAAGCAGGAGGGGCAGUCCGGCGAUGCAAGACAGCUUGGUCUCUUCUACAACGCCCCACAAGCACCCAAAAAAUCAGAAGAAGCUCAACCGGUGCCAAAGCCAGCCUGUCGCUGGACAACAGAGUGAGACCAUUGAGUCCUGUCAAGGACCAAGUGUCACACUUAAGCCUUUGCCAAGUGUGUGCCCCGCCCCCUUAGAAACCUGAUGCACUGAGGAGCAAAGAGAAGGCAGCAAUGCUUUGUCACACCACCAGGCUACACGCUGCUGAGAGAGAUGCUGACAGGCCUGAGAUUAGAGAUGUGUGAAAGGGAGGCAGGGAGAUAAGAAUUGUGGGUGUACUAUGUUUAAAAAUUGAUGGAUCAUGCACAACCAUGCAUUAAUCACACACUUAGGACUGUAUUUACAAAAACAGGACAUAAUGUGUUCAAAUGAAUCAAUGUAAUAAUCUGAACAUUUGCACAAAAGCAGUUGUGUUUGAGGUGAAUAGGAAAGAAAAACUGAAGCUCAAAGUCUAUUUACAGCUUCCUGUGUUAUGAUCAAUAGGAGGGAAAUUAUGAAGAAGACUGAGGAGCAAGAAUAGUAUCUCCUCAGCUUGAAAGCAAUCAUUAUGUUCAGAGAUGGCUGUUUCAGCAGGCAUCUAACUUGAGGGACACAAACUUGAUCUGAAAUCAGAAACGUUUUUGACAAUAUUCAGACUGAUGUUAAGUUUCAUUGUGAAGAGUUUGCUCUAGUUGGGAUUUCAAACACAGUGUGAGCUGAUUUGAUUCCAGCCUUGUGGCAGUAGACACAAAAAGACUUUGCAUUCACUUGUAGAUAGAGUUGACGUAUCCAGCUUGAAAAGGAAAUACGAGUCUAAGGUCACUGAAAAUCUUGUAGCUAGUGACAUGAGACAUACAGUGUACAGGACACAGCAUUAAACUGUGCGUGUGGUGUGAUGGAGUCAUUGGAAACGGAGAAAAAUGAUGUCAUCAACUCACGAAUGUAAUCCAAGAACAGUUUGGGCAUCAAGAGGAAGUGGCAUCACAGCAAUCAGAUGUCACGUGACUUUCUGCCCAGUGCUCUGCGAAGCACAUGGCAAAACUAACGGGCAAUCAGUGUCGGGAGAUUCCAAGAAGAAGAGAAGAAACAAGGACCACUCAAAGACAUGUGACUUCAAUGGUUAAUUUAUUCAUGUGUAGAUCGGACAUUGCAUUUAUUUAUUGUUUGUAUUUAUUUAUUGGGCAGCUGAUUAUUGCCUUCUGUGCUCUUGCAUAAGUUGGCCUACAAUUUGUUUGAGGAGUUGAAAGAAGAUGCUGUUGACAGUUUGUUUGUGGUUUUUAUUGCUAUCAUGAGGAAAAACAAAAGAAGGAAAGUGAAAUCUUAACGAUUGGAAUAAUGGGACUACUGUGCCUUUUAACCAAAUAAUAUUAGGAUGUGUUCACAAAGCAUUUGGUGCUUUCAGUGCACUCAUACUGCAUUUUGAUUGUUUUGCUUUGAUUUCACAAAAAAUCGGUACACCAAGGCAUUCAAUCAUGAAAGCCUACAUGUAGUCAAUUUCAUCCUGCUUCUACAUACAAACCAACAGUAUCGUUUACUCUACCAAUUUCUCCACUAUCCAGACAUCUACAGUGAAUCCAAACUGCCUAAAUCUACAGCAGUGGCAACUUUUGGUCACAUAAUAUUUAAGUGUAGCCUUCCUUUGGGUCAUCAGAGGAACAGACUGAUCUGGACUUCCAGCUGGUGCUCUUUGAAACUUGAAAAAUAUGGAGAACAUAUAAAUGUAAGGGAGGAAAUCUUUAUUUGCACCACCCUCUACUGCUGCUAUUGUUAUUCUAAUUCCAGUUCUGUUUAGAUGUUUGGUAGGAGGCUCUCUCUUGGGAAUCACAAUAUUCUAAAUGUAGUAGAGGGGUUUCAGCAAUGUGAUUUGGAUUUAUCAUUAUUGCAAAAAGUAUUGUAAAUAUUUAGACAAAGAUAUUUUUAAAUUGGUAUGAGUGCUUCAUACACUAUUUACAUGAGUAGAGAGGAGAGAUGUCCUCGUACCAGACUCCUUUAAUAAACAAAAAGCACCACAUGUGAACACAGA